UAACUGCUCACAUUCCGGUUAUUCAAAGAGAUCGCUUCCAAGAACCACUUAAGGAAUUUGUAAAUAAUUUUGAAGAACUCUACGGCAAGGAGACUGAUUGUGACUAUCUGAUUGCCGUUGGUAGAUUUUCACUGCAAAUGAACGUGCAAACCCACAGACUCAUUCUGUAGUUUACGAAAAUCUCACGUCAACAAAACCAUCAGCGGAGAGUAAAUGUUGAAUCAUUUGGCGUCUACAUCUUCAGUGCAAAUGCACAAAUGCAGCUCCGCUUUACAUAACGGACACAUCUGCCAUUACAAUCCAAUUUAAUUGGAGGGCUUCAAAGACCGCAAGUUCUGAGACACCAUCUGUGAUUUAGCUAAAAACUUCGAGUCAACACAAGUUUUCAAUGAACUCUUCAACUAAAUUCAAUAUGAGCGUGAAGAUAUGGAGCGAGUUAUACUGAUAGCAACUUGCAAUUGGUAAAUUGACUCCCUUAUCUCUUUUGGGUCGAGUGUAGUAUAAUGUCGGAUGAGCAAUUUUAAGCAAAGUAAAAUCCUUCGUAGAAUAUGUUAAAAUCAAUAGAGAUGAGCCAAAAAGCGAGCAUCGUGGAGUUAAUAUGGAAUCUACAUUUGAUUUUUAAUAGCAUUUUUUUUUAUUUGCGUUGCCAAGCAUUUGGACAGGCACACCUGAGAGGCCAGCCAUACGUACACACACACGGAUGCAUUAAAAGAGCCAUAUUUACGCAAAUACAACUACGGCAGUAACGAACAAUUUCUGGGUGUUAUUUUAUCAUUUUUUCCACAUGCAAAAACACGAUUGCAGAAGGGGCAAAAUUACGAAAAAACCAAAGCUCCCUGCUUACCGCUACAAAAUUAUCUACAUGCAGCGCCCUCUGGGCCUACCUCAAACUCUUACGCCUUACCAAGAAAUAUGAACGUGAGAAUCUCACCAUUGCGGACAUCUUCCAGAUGCAGGUCAAACAGAAUCCAAAUAAGAAUGCAAUCAUCAGCGACACACAGAAGUGGACUUUCCGCCAGUUGGAUGAGUUUUCCAACCGGGUAGCGAAUCUAUUUCAUGCACAAGGCUUCCGCAAAGGCGAUGUUGUCGGCUUAUUGUUAGAGAAUCGUGCCGAAUUUGUUGGUAUUUGGUUGGGUCUGUCGAAAAUUGGCGUAAUCACACCACUAAUCAAUACCAACCAACGUGGUCCAUCACUCUUGCAUAGCAUCAACGUAGCGCAUUGCAAGUCAUUGAUUUUCGGUGAAGGUUUUACCGCCGCCAUGGAGGAAGUAUGCAAAGAUAUGCCAUCCCAUGUGACACUCUAUCAAUUUAACGAGGAAGCCAAUAAGAAAGUGAUCGAAUCCGCGAAGGAUAUGACUACUUUGCUGGAGACAGCUGAAAAGCGCAAGGUAGCUGCAACAUCGGAGCGUGCCAACCAUCAUGACCGUCUCGUAUACAUUUACACGUCGGGUACGACAGGUUUGCCCAAGGCGGCAGUGAUCUCCCACGCGCGCUACCUCUUCAUUGCGGCUGGCAUUAACUACACAAUGGGCUUCCGUCAAGAGGACGUAUUUUAUACACCUCUGCCACUCUACCAUACAGCCGGUGGUAUCAUGAGCAUGGGUCAGUCGCUUUUGUUUGGCUCCACCGUUGCUAUACGCAAGAAGUUCUCGGCCUCAGGAUAUUUUGCUGACUGCGUCAAAUUCGAAGCCACUGUCGGUCAGUACAUCGGUGAGAUGGCGCGCUAUAUACUUGCUACUCCACCAUCGCCGAACGAUCGCGCACAUCAGGUGCGCCUCAUUUUCGGCAAUGGUUUGCGUCCACAAAUUUGGCCUCAAUUCGUCGAACGUUUCAAUAUUCCCAAGGUGGGUGAAUUCUAUGGCGCUACUGAAGGCAAUGCAAAUAUUAUGAAUAACGACAGCACUGUUGGUGCGAUUGGCUUUGUCUCACGUAUCCUACCACAAGUAUAUCCUAUAUCGAUCUUACGCGCCGAUUCCGAUACUGGUGAACCCAUACGCGGUCCCGACGGGCUGUGCCAACUGUGUAAACCUAACGAACCUGGCGUUUUUAUCGGCAAAAUUGUUAAGGGCAACUCGGCACGCGAAUUCCUCGGCUAUGUGGACGAAAAGGCAUCGGCGAAGAAAAUAGUUUGUGAUGUUUUCCGCAAAGGUGACAUGGCUUUCCUCUCAGGCGAUCUAUUGGUUGCCGAUGAGCGUGGUUACUUGUUCUUUAAGGAUCGCACGGGUGAUACAUUCCGUUGGAAGGGAGAGAAUGUGUCGACCAGCGAGGUGGAGGCUCAGGUUAGCAAUGUCGCAGGCUAUAAGGAUACUGUUGUCUAUGGUGUGUCCAUACCACACACGGAAGGGCGUGCCGGCAUGGCUGCUAUUUACGAUCCCAAUCAUGAUGUGGAUUUGGAAUUAUUCGCUGACAAGUUGGCGAAGGUAUUGCCUGCCUAUGCGCGACCUCAAUUUCUGCGCUUCCUAACCAAAAUCGAUAUGACCGGUACGUUUAAGUUGCGCAAAGUUGAUUUGCAGAAGGAAGGCUUCGAUCCAAACAAGAUAAAGGAUACGAUUUACUAUCAAACGCCUAAAGGACGCUAUGAAGUGCUCACACCUGAGAUAUUUGAAAAAAUCAACCGUCAUGAAGUUCGAUUUUAAGCAGCCAAUGGACUGAAAACUGGGUGUGGAAGCACCGUUUUGCGUCGCCUAUGUCAUGAGGUUAUGUUUGCCUGUUUUUUAGGAUCUAAGUA